AAACAUGGCCGCGCUCUGUGUCAACAUUGAUUGUUUCUCGAGAUAUUUUGGAGUUUUUAAAUAAGUUUAAUAACUAUGAGUCGAAACAAAAUGAAACACAUUGUUCAAGAAAGGAUAUAGAUUAUGAAUAUGUCUUUGUUGUGUAUUUGCGUCAAGAAAGCCAAAUUGGUGGGGAACACAGGCUCUGUCACAGGAAGUGAGACCGGUUCCCUACCACAUUCCCAGUCAGUUGGGAACCAGCUUGCUUCCAUCACAGAGCGUUUUAAUACCUACGUAGUACUGAAACUCCAGAAUGUCAAAUCAACAACGAUCCUUGUCAAGGGAAACAACCCAUGUUGGGAACAGGACUUUAUGUUUGAGACAGACCGACUGGACACGGGCAUGAUAGUGGAGGUGUGGAACAAGGGGAUGCUCUGGGACAAGCUGAUAGGCCUGCACUGGCUUCCUCUGCGCACUGUCCACUUCUCAAACCAGGAAGGUGACGGCAAAUGGAUGACACUGGACAGUGAGCUUAUCAUGCAGAAUGGAGAGAUCAAGGGAACACGCUUCCCGACCGGCCACAGUGUGCUCAUAGACGCCCGCUUUGAGAUUCCAUAUGAGGCGGUGGCUGAUCUUCCAGAACACGAGGCAAUCAAGUUGAAGGAAAAACUAGAGGAACUCAACAACAUGGAUGCAGAGAUUCUACAGAGCAAAGAAUUGUCCAAGAGACAGAGCUACUCACAGUCUGGCAUGUCUGAGGACAGUGACUACACAAGUGACAUCAACUACCCACUGCCCCACCAGCACAAUAGCUCCGCCCACCAGUUCCGGGGAGAGCCUAACUUUCCCCUGAACCGCGACCGCAUGUAUGGUAGGGAGUCCCCUCCCUAUAACUCUUACAAUCGAGACCAGUAUGAACGAGCAGGCUCGUUUGAGCGGAUAGAUCAGUAUGAACAACGGGGGUCUUACGAACAUGUGGAUUCUUUUGACCAGCGGUCAUUUGAAAGGGACUAUAUGGAGUCAGAGAGGGGGGAUUCGUUUGAACGGACUGAGUCUUUUGAGCGGGACUAUGACAGAGAGUCUGAUCACUAUGCUUAUGAACCCUCGGACCCAGAGUACGAGCGAUCGCUCCGUGAUGACAGGUAUGAGCCGAAUGAGUUUGACCCGAGGGUCAGGGAUUAUGACCUGCGCUCACAACAUAGCUCAAAUAGGGAUUACGAUGGUGAAUAUGAUCAGGAAUCCAUGUAUUCCCAGGAUGAGUAUGAGAACACUUUAACAAACGAAAACAGUCUAAGAGGUGAACAAAAUAAAUAUCGGCACCGCCACACUGACUCUAGUGAGCUUAGGCAAAGUGAUACACGAUUGGACCGGUCAGGGCGGUUUGAUUCUCAGGACCGCCUUGGCGAAGUGAGCCAGUCUUCACGAGGGUCCCAGCUGGGCAUGCAUGAACCCAGCAGUCCGUUUCUCGCUCACGGUCGCAGUGACACGGACUCGGAGUUUGGACUGUCUUACAACAGCCGACCCAACCCUCGUCAGACCAAGGCUUCAUUACCUGCCUCUCACAGGCCAGGCUUUGGGAGUCCCCACGGCAGCCAGGUGAGCCAUGGCAGUCGUAUAUCAUCAGUCACCCAGCACAGUACUCAAGAUUUCAGUCCAUUGAACAGUAGGUCUUCCACGAGUCGCCAGAGCAACAGUGACGGGGAGCUGUCGUUCUCUCAUCAUGUCAACCACCUGAUGCCCUCCCCAGCACGUGCACGCUGGAUAGAUGCCUUCAACAAAGUCUGUGCUCAAUUCAAUGCUGUGCCAAUUGACCUUUGGAACAGGACUGGUACUCUGGUGGAUGGCAACACUAGCGUAGUGCAUGGACACAUCAACGACUCAAGAUCCUGGAUGAACCACUCUGGAGUUUUUCCUGGUCAUAACGACAUCUACACUUCCAUCGACAGCAUGCCUGAGAUCAAGCCUCCCUCACGUAAAUCAGUGAUCCUCGUCAGCGACUUGUUGAGCCUCCGGGUGACGAUGCAAGCCACCAAGAGGAAUGCAGUCCCUUCAGCAAUGGUUGCACGCCAAUCAUUGAAUGAUGAGGAGCUGAAAAUGCACGUGUACAAGAAGACACUCCAGGCACUGAUCUACCCGAUCUCCAGUACUACGCCCCACAACUUCUACGUAUGGACGGCCACCUCUCCCACAUACUGCUUCGAGUGCGAGGGCCUACUGUGGGGCAUAGCGAGACAGGGUGUACGCUGCACCGAGUGUGGGGUCAAGUGCCAUGAGAAAUGCAAGGACCUUCUCAAUGCUGACUGCUUGCAGAUUCUUGGUCGUAAGCGGAUAAAGUACAGAGCUGCGGAGAAGAGCUCCAAGCAUGGCGCUGAGGACAAGACUAACAACAUCAUCAAGGCCAUGAGGGACCGCAUGAAGCUACGGGAGAGGAACAAGCCUGACAUAUUUGACCAAAUCAGUCAAGUAUUCAAUGUAGACAAGAAAUCACACUCAGGCCACAUGAAGGCAGUCAAACAGAGUGUGCUUGAUGGAACUUCCAAAUGGUCAGCCAAAAUUGCAAUAACAGUGAUUUGUGCGCAAGGUUUGAUUGGUAAGGACAAGACGGGAACCAGUGACCCCUAUGUUACAGUGCAAGUGGGGAAAGUUAAGAAACGCACCAAGACUGUGCCACAGGAUCUCAACCCAGAGUGGCAUGAAAAGUUCUACUUUGAAUGCCAUAACUCAUCAGACAGAAUCAAAGUCAGAGUUUGGGAUGAAGACAAUGACCUUAAAUCAAAGUUGCGACAAAAACUGACACGAGAGUCAGAUGACUUUCUGGGUCAGACUAUAAUUGAAGUGCGCACGCUCAGUGGCGAAAUGGACGUGUGGUACAAUCUGGAGAAGCGCACAGACAAGUCUGCAGUGUCAGGCGCCAUACGUCUGCACAUUAGUGUGGAGAUCAAAGGGGAGGAGAAAGUGGCCCCGUAUCACGUACAGUACACUUGCCUGCACGAGAACCUAUUCCAUUUCCUGUGCGAGCUGACAGGCGGGACUGUGAAGCUUCCAGAGUCCUCGGGGGUAAAACAAAAAUUAAUAGUAAAUUAUCGAGUUGCUGAUCUGCUGCAAAUGCUGGUGAUGAACAGAACUGUAACUACCAGAAUUGAUGAGGAUGAGGCGUGGAAGACAUAUUUUGAUGAACCUGCUCAAGAAAUCGUGGAUGAGUUUGCAAUGCGCUAUGGGAUAGAGUCAAUCUACCAGGCCAUGACUCACUUCUCGUGCCUGUCCACCAAGUACAUGUGCCCAGGGGUCCCUGCUGUGAUGAGCACUCUGCUUGCAAACAUCAACGCCUUCUAUGCACACACCACAGCCACCACUGCUGCUGUCUCAGCCAGCGACAGAUUUGCUGCCUCAAACUUUGGGAAAGAGAAAUUUGUCAAACUGCUGGAUCAGCUUCACAAUUCCCUAAGGAUUGACCUCUCCGUUUACAGGAACAAUUUCCCAGCCUCUGACCCCACCCGGCUCCAAGACCUGAAGUCCACAGUGGAUCUGCUCACCAGUAUAACAUUCUUCAGAAUGAAGGUACAAGACUUGACCAGUCCACCCCGCGCCAGUGCCGUCGUGAAGGACUGUGUGAUAGCCUGCAUGAAAUCUACCUAUCAGUUCCUCUUUGACAACUGCUGUGACCUGUACCGACGGGAGUUCCAGGUGGAAAACAAUACAGAGAACGAGAAUCCAGAGCAAGAGGGCCCGAGCGCAAAGAACCUUGGGUUCUGGCACAAGCUGAUAGCUCUGAUAGUGUCGGUGAUUGAGGAGGACCGUAACAGCUACACACCUGUGCUCAACCAGUUCCCACAGGACCUGAAUGUGGGGCAGGUCAGCGCUGCUAUCAUGUGGGACCAGUUUUCUCAGGACCUCAACUAUGCCUUGCAAGAACAUGAGAAGAGCAAGACCUGCAAGAGCACUGACUACAUGAACCUGCACUUCAAGGUCAAGUGGCUGUACAGCAAGUACAUUGCAGAGAUUCCACAGUACAAGAACAAUGUGCCAGAAUACCCUGCUCUGUUUGAACCAUUUGUGAUGCAAUGGCUGAACGAGAAUGACGACAUCUCUCUGGAGUUCCAACAUGGAGCCUACCAGAGAGACAAACGUGAUGGGUUUCAGAAAAGCUCUGAGCAUGCCCUGUUCUCCACCAGCGUGGUGGACGUGUUCACGCAGCUCAACCAGUGCUUCGACGUCAUACGCAAACUGGAGUGUCCUGAUCCACAGAUGCUGAAACGCUGCAUGGAAAGAUUUGCUAAUACGGUGAACAAGGUGCUGCUGGCCUAUGCAGACAUAGUACGCAAGGAUUUCAAGGAGUACACCAGUCACCAGAAAGUGGCCUGUAUCCUGAUGAACAACAUUCAGCAACUCAGAGUGCAGUUAGAGAAGGUCUUUGAGUCGAUGGGAGGCGAGAAACUGGACCCUGACGCUGCCAACAUUCUCAAGGAGCUACAGCAGAAACUUAACGGUGUACUCGAUGAACUCAGCAACAUCUUCGCCAAGUCACUCGAGCCACAGAUACAGCAGAGCAUGCAGGAGCUAGGCUCACUACUGUGCAAGGUGAAGGGCACAGGUCAGGUGUCACUCAACCAGCCGUCCCAGCGUACCACCAUACAGCAAGAGAGUGACAUCGUGCUCAGACCCCUGAUGGACCUCCUGGAUGGAAGCCUGUCCAUGUUUGCUCAAGUGUGUGAGAAAACUGUGCUGAAGCGCUUGCUCAAGGAAUUGUGGAGAAUAGUUAUGUACACAAUGGAAAAGACAGUGGUGUUACCUCCCUUGUCAGACCCCAGGCAGCUGCUAGUGUUGCCCAGUGGUGCGCAGGCUAAGAUAGAGGAUGUGUCUCGACUCUUCCUCAAUCAUGUUAGCCAAAUGCCAAUGACUGUCCCCAAUGUGAUCCAGGACAUGUCCAAAGAAGCGGAGAAGAACCUGACACCAAAGCAGUGUGCAGUGUUGGACGCGGCGCUCGAGGCAAUCAAGAUCUACUUCCACGCUGGAGGUCAGGGGCUCAAGAAGAACUUCCUGGAGAAGAGCUCCGAGCUACAGUCCCUCCGCUAUGCCCUUUCCCUGUACACACAGACGACAGACACGCUCAUCAAGACGUUUGUUGGCUCCCAGACAAACCAGGAUGCGCCGAGUCAACGGGAAGUGGUGGGGGAGGUCUCCAUUCAGGUUGACCUGUUCACUCAUCCCGGAACUGGUGAACACAAGGUCACCGUUAAAGUGGUUGCUGCCAACGACCUGAAGUGGCAGACGACAGGAAUGUUCAGGCCUUUUGUGGAGGUGAACAUGAUUGGGCCACACCUGAGUGACAAGAAACGCAAACACACCACAAAAUCCAAGAGCAACAACUGGUCACCAAAAUUUAAUGAAACUUUUCAUUUCAUUCUGGGUAAUGAAGAUGAGCCCAGCUCAUACGAGCUGCACAUCUGCGUGAAGGACUACUGCUUUGCUCGAGAGGAUCGCCUUAUUGGCAUGUCCGUGAUGCAGCUCCGUGAUAUCUCUGAGCAGGGAAGCUGUGCAUGCUGGUGCGCUCUGGGAAAGCGUCUGCAACUAGAUGAGACCGGCUGGACCAUUUUGCGCAUCCUGUCGCAGCGAACCAACGAUGAAGUGGCCAAGGAGUUUGUUAAGUUGAAGUCUGAGGUGCGCCAUCUAGAGGAACAUAUGCUUGAGAAAAAGUAGUCCCCAUGCUAGAAAAUAGGUUUUGGACCAGGUGGCCACUGUAGAAAUACAUAUGUCAACAAAAGUAGCCCUUAUGUUGGAGAAGUAAUCCAUGACCAGGUGGCCACCUUUAAACAAACAUAAGUCAGAAAAAAAAUUCCCAUCUGAUUAGUUGUCUGAUGGUGAAAUCCGCUACAAAGUGUUGUGUUCAUUGAAAUAAUUUGUUGAAACAACUAUACAUGCAUUUUAGGCUUAAACAUAUAAUGUAACGAUAUGCAGUUGAGCUGUGUUUUAUGAUGCAAAUUUGUAUAUAGAAUGUAGAAAGAUAGCUUACUGGUAUGUUUAAUUGUUAUUCUUUAUCUACACAUUAAUUCUAUAAUAUUAAUAACCAUAUUGUUUGUAUUUAUCUUACUGAAGGGUUUAUUUUUUACCUUCUUGCAGAUAUUUAUUACAGUAUAAUCUCUUUUUUAAAGAAUAUUAAUCACACAAAAACAUUCACAAAAUAAAAUUCCAUUGGCUGAAAAAAAACUGCCAAAUUAUAUGCAGUUAACAUACCAAAUGUUUUUGCCAUUCCUUUAAGUUAAAAGCUCAAAAUGUGGUUGUGCAGGAGUGUACCAGAAAAAAACUGGAUGCUCAAUUAUGCCAAGACUAGAAAUUGUACAUGUAGUGGCAUUUAAAUUUAUAGUGUUUUUUACAUAUUCAAUCUGUACUUUAUUCUAUUAGUCUAUUGUUGAACUGAGUUUUGGUCUUUCAUUUCUUACAAAGGCUUUGUAGACAAUUUUAAUGUAUCUUUUCCAUGUUGACUUGGAUUAGCAGAUCAUCAAACGAAACUAAAACAUGAUACUACAAUGUUGGUAAGACUUUUUAUGUCCCCCACCACUAUAGUGGGGGGGACAUAUUGUUUUUGCCCUGUCCAUUGGUUUGUUUGUUCGUUUGCCCCAACUUUUACAUUUUGCCAUAACUUUUGCAAUAUUGAAUAUAGCAACUUCAUAUUUGGCACGCAUGUGUAUCUCGUGGAGCUGCACAUUUUGAGUGGUAAAAAGUCAAGGUCAUCCUUCAAGGUCAAAAAAAAUAAAUCCAAAAGAAGUAAUAAGCUUUAAAGGGAGAUAAUUAUCUGAAUCUGCCUAAUGAUAAGAAAAAAUCAAAGUGGCUCAGUAGGGGACAUAGUGUUUCUGACAAACACAUUUCUUGUUUUAAUUGAAAGUCAUGUGCAUUUAUUGAGUAAGCAAUUCCGUGUAUGGUUUUGAAAUCCAUGUUUCAUAACAGAGAAAUCCAUGUUGAGUAUAUUUGUUGGGUCUCAAAUUUGAAAUGUCUGAUAUAGACUUUGACGUAAGUGUUUGUUGAACAUUUUAUUUUGUUGUAAGUGGACAAAAAUCCACUGACAUUAGCGUCCAACAAGUAAAAUAGGUUUCCCUGUUAUUGCGAAAUGUCUUAUUUUUACCUUUUUUAAACAGAAAACUCUGGAUUCUAUAUUGCAGAUGUGAUGGGAAGUGGGCACUUAAGUGCAAAUUAAGUUAAGAUUACCUGUUGGAACUUUUUGAAUACCGGUACCAUGCCUGACUCAGCUAAUUUUGUUGAUGCUUGGUCGACUUAACUCUUUCAGUGCUGAAACCGAAUUUUGAAGGCCUUUGCAAACAGUUUGGAUCCAGAUGAGACGCCACAGAAAGUGGCGUCUCAUCAGGAUCCAAACUGUUUGCUAUUCUGAUAGUAUUCUUUAUAAAAAAAUCGAAGAAAAUGCUAAUUUUAGGAAUUCAGCAGACAGCAUUUUAGCAGACGACAAAUUUCCCAGCAUGCAAAGGGUUAACAGGGUUUUAUUGAAGUGUUGUGAAGGCAAUAUUACUGAGCAAUUCCUUGUUACGUGCAAUGCCUACGUUGUUUUAUUUUAUUUUAUAUUUAUACAUAUUCUUCUUUUGUUAUAAUGCAUGUUUGUUCUUGUAUUAAUACAUAUUUUAUCCAGUUCUACAAAUAUUAUAUAAUUAUGUUAUUAUCUUAUACAUUUACUUAGUGAUAAGACUUAUUCCUACAUGCCUGUUUGUUCCAAAGAGAAAGAUUUCUUACAAAGCUGCUGUUUUCAGCCUAACUGUACUCGAUUCAUAAAUAGCCUACUCAAUACUUGAUAAAUUCCAUCUCUUAGUUAAGGUGAAAGCAUUCCAAUGUACAGUGUGAUAUAUAAAUGUAUAUGAUAAAUUUCAGUACCAUUUGUCUGAAAAUACUACAUAAUAGUCACAGAUCCAUCUGGUAAUUCUUGUGUACAUGUGUAUGGCAAUGUAUUUCAUCAUACCAAUAAACUUGUUAGCUCUGU